AACUUGCAGAGCGAAUACCAACUCGCCCUAAAGUGCCCUUGGCGCAGCCCCUCCCCGCGGGGCAGCGCACUAUGCUGCUCGGGUGGGCGUCCCUGCUGCUGUGCGCGCUCCGCCUGCCCCUGGUCCGGGCCAGCGUCGCCGAGGCACCUGCCCAGGAUAAAGCUGACCAGCCUCGGGCUCCUGCUGCUGCAGCGGCCGCCCAGCCCCGCCGGCUGCAAGGGGAGGAGGAGGCGCCGGGCCACCCGCACCCCUUGGCGCCGCCCGGCCCGCGGAGCAGCGGGCUGGUGCAGAAUGUGGACCAGAUCUACUCGGGCGGCGGCAAGGUGGGCUACCUCGUCUAUGCAGGCGGCCGGAGAUUCCUCCUGGACCUGGAGCGCGAUGACUCGGUGGGCUCCGCUGGCCUGGUGCCCGCAGCUGGCGGGUGGAACUCGACCCGGCGCUCCCAGGGCCGCUGCUUCUACCGGGGCACGGUGGACGGCAGCCCGCGCUCCUUGGCCGUCUUUGACCUGUGCCGGGGUCUCGACGGCUUCUUCGCCGUCAAACACGCGCGCUACACCGUGAAGCCGCUGCUGCGCGACCCACGGGCCGAGGCAGAAGCUGGGAGAGUGUAUGGGGACGGGUCCGAGCGGAUCUUGCACGUCUAUACCCGCUCGGGCUUCAGUUUUGAGACCCUGCCGCCGCCGCGUGCCAGCUGCGAGACGCCAGCUUCGUCCCGGACCGGGUUCCACCGAGAGCGCAGCGAGGCUCACAGCAGACCGGAUCGACGCUGGGCGCUGGCCCAGCAGUUCCAGGAGCGCUCCGGGACCCAGGGACCACAGACGUGGUGGCGGCGACGGAGACGCUCCAUUUCCCGGGCCCGCCAGGUGGAGCUGCUCCUGGUGGCCGACGCGUCCAUGGCACAGAUGUAUGGCCGGGGCCUGCACCAUUACCUGCUGACCCUGGCCUCCAUCGCCAACCGCUUGUAUAGCCACGCCAGCAUCGAGAACCACAUCCGCCUGGCCGUGGUGAAGGUGGUGGUGCUAGGAGACAAGGACAAGAGCCUGGAGGUCAACAAGAACGCCGCCACCACCCUCAAGAACUUCUGCAAGUGGCAGCACCAACACAACCAACUGGGGGAUGACCACGAAGAGCACUACGACGCAGCCAUUCUCUUCACUAGGGAGGAUUUAUGUGGGCAUCAUUCAUGUGACACCCUGGGGAUGGCAGACGUGGGGACCAUAUGUUCUCCAGAGCGCAGCUGUGCUGUCAUUGAAGAUGAUGGUCUGCACGCAGCUUUCACGGUGGCUCACGAAAUUGGGCAUCUACUUGGCCUCUCCCAUGACGAUUCCAAAUUUUGUGAAGAGAACUUUGGUUCCACAGAAGAUAAACGUUUAAUGUCUUCCAUUCUGACCAGCAUCGAUGCAUCCAAACCUUGGUCCAAAUGCACCUCAGCCACCAUCACAGAAUUCCUGGAUGAUGGCCAUGGAAACUGUUUGCUGGACCUACCACGGAAGCAGAUUCUGGGUCCUGAAGAACUUCCAGGUCAGACGUAUGAUGCCACCCAGCAGUGCAACCUAACCUUUGGGCCUGAAUACUCUGUGUGUCCUGGCAUGGAUGUGUGUGCUCGACUAUGGUGUGCUGUGGUACGUCAGGGUCAGAUGGUUUGUCUGACCAAGAAGCUACCUGCUGUGGAGGGAACUCCCUGUGGUAAAGGGAGGAUUUGCCUACAGGGCAAGUGUGUGGACAAAACCAAGAAAAAAUAUUAUUCGACAUCAAGUCAUGGUAACUGGGGAUCCUGGGGGUCCUGGGGUCAAUGUUCUCGUUCAUGUGGAGGAGGCGUCCAGUUUGCCUAUCGUCACUGCAAUAACCCAGCACCCAGAAAUAAUGGGCGAUACUGCACAGGAAAAAGAGCCAUUUACAGAUCCUGCAGUGUUGUCCCCUGCCCACCUAAUGGUAAAUCUUUUCGUCAGGAGCAAUGUGAAGCCAAAAAUGGUUAUCAGUCUGACACGAAAGGAACGAAAACUUUUGUUGAAUGGGUCCCCAAGUAUGCGGGUGUUCUGCCAGCAGAUGUGUGCAAAUUGACCUGCAGAGCUAAGGGAACUGGCUAUUACGUGGUUUUCUCCCCCAAGGUUACUGAUGGAACUGAGUGUCGACCAUACAGUAAUUCUGUCUGCGUGAGGGGAAAAUGUGUGCGAACUGGCUGUGAUGGCAUCAUCGGCUCCAAGCUCCAGUAUGACAAGUGUGGGAUAUGUGGUGGUGACAACUCCAGCUGUACAAAGGUUGUGGGCACCUUCAAUAAGAAAAGCAAGGGUUACACUGAUGUUGUCAGGAUUCCUGAAGGGGCAACUCAUAUAAAAGUUCGACAGUUUAAACCCAAAGACCAGACAAGAUUCUCAGCCUACUUGGCCCUUAAGAAGAAAAAUGGUGAGUAUCUUAUCAAUGGAAAGUAUAUGAUCUCCACUUCGGAAACAAUCAUUGACAUCAAUGGUACCGUUAUGAACUACAGCGGUUGGAGCCACCGGGAUGAUUUUCUACAUGGAAUGGGCUACGCAGCCACCAGGGAAAUCCUGAUUGUACAGAUUCUUGCGACAGACCCCUCUAAAGCUUUAGACGUCAGAUACAGUUUUUUUGUUCCUAAGAAGUACACUCAAAAAGUCAACUCUGUCAUCAGCCAUGGAGGCAAUAAAGUGGGAUCACUACCUCCACAGCUUCAGUGGGUGACGGGGCCAUGGCUAGCCUGUUCUAGGACCUGUGACACGGGCUGGCACACAAGAACAGUGCAGUGCCAGGAUGGAAACCGGAAAUUGGCAAAGGGAUGUCUUCUCUCCCAAAGGCCUUCUGCAUUUAAGCAAUGUUUGCUAAAGAAGUGCUAGCCUGUGGCUCUGAUCUUACAUGGAGGGAUAGCAAAUGGAUCAAGUUAUGGUGACAAAGAG